GUGACAAGCUUUUAAAAGCUGCAAUUAGAUUUCAAUAUCUGUUGUGAACUGAAAUAUUAUUUUUUAUUUAAACCUUCUAAUACACAUAGUAACAUCAAUUCUCUUUUUCACCUUGCAAAAGUCAUAAUUCUCUGUCUUAAAUAACAGAUUCUGCAAUUGACAUUCGUCAAUAUUACGAACAGUUUUUCAUUAUGUAAGACACGUUGAUUCAACUUAUUUACGAAUCCAUCAAAGUGCCUUACUUUGGAUUAUGCAUAAAAAUGUCUUUUAAUGACUUGAAUUCACUCAGGAAUUUUUUACUCGAACUGUGAAUGAUAGAACUAGACGCUUCUCCAAAGAAAGGUCGAUGGGAGGAGGUGACAAGUUUAUUACCUUCUUCUAAGUGCACUAUUGGUAAUAAACCCUAUGAAGUGAAUAAAUCCGGUGGAGUGCUAUGCAUUGAUAUUGAGAAUAUAGGUUCGUUUGGAGGGAAUCAACAGCCAAAUUAUUAUAGUCCGUUACAACCGCAUUAUAGUAUAACGUUCAAGGACUAUCCUUCGGAAUAUGGAGCACUACCUCAGGCCGAUUGUGCAGCACCAAAUGUUGAAUUUCUUACAUAUCCUCAUUCCAUGGCCGAUUCACAGGGCAAUCGCGACGAACUCAGCACUCCAAUAACAAUAACUGGAUUUGAUAAUUCGUCUGGUAUAAGCGCUGAUUCCUAUUUAUCUAAUCAAUUCAAUGAUAUUUCACAACAAUUACCUGGUCAUAAUCCUUUUUAUGCAUUUGAACAAUCAAAUUUAAUAAUUCCCAAUCCAAUUCCUUCAAAUCCUCAUCCAUCUCAACAUCUUCAUCAUCAUCAUCAUCAUCAUCAUCAUGAUCAACAACAUCAACAUUAUAGCAUGGAUCAAUCAACAGAUCAAUUACACAAUUCUAAUCAUAAUCAUAUAAUUUCUAAUGAAAUUUCUACAAAUACAAUUCCUCAUAGUGAUUAUAUAUUAACACAACAACAAAAAAAUGAAUUAUAUUCAUCAAUAUUUUCAGAAUCUAAUUAUUAUUUAUCAAAUCCCUCGACAAAUACAUUAUCCGAUAUACAAUAUUCAAAUUCAAAAUGUAUUCAAUCACAUAUACCUGAAUCAUAUCAAUCUGUGAUAUGGUUAAAUCAAGAACAUUCACAAAUACAAUUAGAAGAACAAUUACAUUAUAUAUCAGAUGAACUAAUUACAACACAUAAUCAUAAUAAUUAUCCAGUAAUAAUUAAUAAUGAGAAUAAUGAUAAUAUGAAUAAAAAUUGUAAUGAAUUAUCAAAUAUAAAUGUAAAUAAUACAGAAAUAGAUAAUAUUGUUCCUGUUCCAAUUGAGACUGUCUCAACCAAUAUGACUGAUAGUAUAAAUAUUCAUGUACAAGACAAUGAUAAUGAUGUGAUUAUGAUGAGACCAUUAGUUGAACAAUCAAAUCAUUUUGAAACAUCUGAACAUUUAUCUGAGAAUACUGUGAUAUCAAAUGAUUUAAUUGAUAAUAUCUACUGUAAUAAUAAUAGUAAUAAUAACAACAAUAAUGAAACUACUAUUACUGCUACCAAUAAUAAUCAUCAUCAUUAUGAUACAAAUAUAAUUCCAUUACAAAUUUAUCCUACAAUAUUUCAACCAAAUUAUUCACCAGCUACAUCAUCAUCAUUAUCUUCAUCGUCGUCCUCUUGUUCAUCUUCAUCAUUUUCAUCAUUAUCAUCAUUGUCAUCUUCAAUGGUUUUAUGCACAGAAACAUUAACAAUAACUCCAGCAACAGCAAAAUCAUCAUUAGUAACAACAACUACAACAAAUAUUUCACCUUCAUCAUCAUAUUAUACAAAUCAAGAUUAUAAAUUGACUAGUUUGAAUUAUCACCAACAACAUUUAAAAUCGAACAAUCAUACUGAUUGUAAUAACACCAUGGUUACUAAUAAUGUUAAUAAUAAUAAUAAUAAUAGCAAUAAUCAUUCUAAUGAAAAAAAAUGCAAAGUUUGCGGUGAUCGAGCUGUAAAUCAUAAUUUUGGUCAAUUAACUUGUGAAUCAUGUAAAGCAUUUUUUAGACGUAAUGCACAUAAAGAAUUAACAUGUACAGCGAAAUCUGGAGAACAUGUAAUCACACCGACUACUCGUCGUGAGUGUCCAUCGUGUAGAUUAAAACAAUGUUUUCGAGUUGGUAUGAGACCUGACCUUAUACAAGUUCGUAAAAAAGAUGGAAGUAAACCACGAUGGUUGGAUAAAGUUCCACGUGCAGCUAUUGUUCAUGAACAACACUUACAAUCUUCUGAAUCAUUACAAUGGUCAACAAAUAUCAAUAGUACUACAUUUCAUAAUAAUAAUGACAAUGAUAAUAAUAAUAAUAAUAGUAGUAAUGUUAAUAAUACAAUUAUUAAUUCUAAUCAUCGCAUAAAAUACCGUUUAAAUCCUGAUAAAUUUUCUAAAAAUAAAGUAAAAGAAUUGAAGCCUCAUUUAACUGAACAUCAACCUGUAGAUAUCAACAACAAUAAUAAUAAUAGUAAUAGUAAUCGUAAUAGUAAUAAUAAUAAUAAUAAAGAUAACAAUGUAAGCUGUAUGGAAAAAUCAAUUAAUUUGAAAAGAUUCAACAUGAACUCAAAUGAUUCAGUAAAAACCCUUUCAGAUUCUUCAUAUUCUUCAAUCCUUAAUCCUCAUCAGCAACAUCAUUAUCAUCAUUCAACUUCUAUUUCACCUCGUUCCCUUCAUCAUCAACAACGUCAACAAUAUGAAGAAGAAGUGACUAGUGAUGAUCAAUUAAAUGAUUAUAUUAUGUGCGUAACAUCAAGUCCAUCAUUGAAUACAUCAAAUAUUUUAAAUAAUGUUCAUUAUUCAAUUACGUCAAAUAAUCUUGAUAAAGACUUAAGUAUAAAUUCAGUAUCCACUGGAAUAAUUACUGAUAACAAUACUAAUAGUAAUACAAGUGAUAGGACAAGUCCUAGAAUAACAACUACCAUAGCAACUAAUUAUUUUCCAGCAGAUACAGUUUUUCAUUUCAAUAGUUUAAUCAUUCCAAAUUCAUGUCAAAAUAAUAAAUAUGGCGACAUCAAUUUAACUGAUUGGAAAACAUCAUCGGAAAAUGAAGACAAUAAUAAAACUACUAUAAACAAUGUUGACUGUAUUACGUCAUCACCAUUACUAUCAACAUCAUCUCUUAUCAUACCAUCUACGACGGCGUUGACAGAAGCGUCGGUAGCUAUGGUAAAAGUCACUUCAGGCAAUACUGUUACAACUACCAAGAUAACAACGAUAACAAACACAGGAAUUAUUAAUAAUGAUGAUGGUAAGCAACCUUCAUCGGAUUUACUUUACGCAGAACAUCAUCAUCACCACCACCACCACCACCAAAAUGUGGACUUCAGCACUUUGAACGAUAUCAAUCACUUAGAUGACCUCAUUCUACUAACUGAUUCUAAUCAAUUCAUUGAACAACAAGAAAGUACAAAUCAAUUAAAAGUACCUUCGAAAAUUUUAUCACCAUUACCUUUUACACUACCACCACAACCACCACCACCAAGAACAACAACAACAACACCACCACCACCACAAACACCAACAAUGACAACAACAACAACAACAUCUUUAUCAUCGGCAACAAUAUUACAUAAUAAUCUAUCUAAAAAUAAUUUAAUGUGCAAUUUUAUAAAUGAUCAUUCAAUUGUUUCACCAUGUAUAACAUCUAGUUUAAUGUUUACAACUGAUACAUCAAUGAUAUCUAAUAUAUCGAAUAUAACAAAUGGUUUAUCAGAAAUAUGUCAACAUUCAAAUGUUACAUCAUUAUGGAAUACUUCAUCAAUAGAUGAACAAUUCACAAUACCGAUAAUCAAUACACAACAAAAUGAAUCUUUAUUAUCAACGUAUUCAAACAACAAUAAUAAUAGUAAUAGUCAUAAUAAUUCAAUAAAUCAAUCAUUAGAAUGUAUUUCAAUAAAUAAUCAUGAUAAAUUAUCAUUUGAUGUAUCAUUAAAUAGUACAAUGAAUUCAUUGUCAAGUGAAUUAUCUCCAUUAUUACCAUCUUCUUCUGUUUCCUUGUUCUCUUCCUCUUCCUCCUCCUCCUCCUCCUCAUCAUCAUCAUCAUCAUCAUCUUCUUCGUCGUCGUCAUCAUCAUCAUCGUCAUCGAUUUCAAUUAGAUGCAAUGAACUACAAUUAGAUGUUAAUUCUAUUAAAUCUUUACAAUUUGAACAAAAUGGUAAUAAUAAUAAUAAUAAUAAUUACAUCAUACCGGUUGAUUUAAAUAAUAUACUUUUGUUGAAUGAAAGUAAAUUAUCCAAUGAUUAUCCAGUAAUAAGUAAUCCCGAUAGUAAUAAUAAUAAUAAUAAUAAUAAUGAUUCAUGGCCAAAUCUGAAUCACCAUCAAAUGAAUUCAAAUAAACAAGAAUUACAAACAAAAUGUGAACAAAUUUUUACUGAUCUAAACAAAAAUGAUAAUAAAAUGGAUGGAAUGUCUGAUAUUUUUCAAAAUAAAAAUCAAUUAUAUAAUAAAAAUACAAUAACAAUUCCAAUCAAUUUAAAUAAAGUAAAUAAAUCAUGGUUAAAUCUAUGGCAAAAUGGAUUUAUCAUUCCAAAUCCUGAACAACUUGAUUUAAAUUUAGAUAUCACUGAAUAUCCUACAUUGAAAUGGUGUCUUACAAUAGCUAAUCUAUGGAGUGAUUUAUUCCUACGUCGUAUAUCAGUAUUUGCCAUGUCAUUAUUAGGUGAUCUUAUAAAAGAUAAUAAUAAUAAUAAUAAUAAAACAGGAUAUUUGUCAAGUAGUCAUGACAACAAUCAUCAUGAAUAUGAGGAUAAUAAUCAAAACAUUAAUGAAUCGAAUAUUUGUAUUUCAACUAAUGAAUAUUAUAAUGAAUUGAAUCCUAUUCAUGGAUUAUUACAAAAUGAAAGAGAAAACAAUAAAAAUCAUGUAUUGAAUGAUAUGAAUGAUCUAUAUUUAACGUGGGAUGAUAUGUUAUGGAUAGCUAAAAAUCGAUUUACAGAUUGUGUUCCUGUUUUAUUAAUCGGUUGUUCCUUAUUGGUUAAUAAAACUAUGACAUCACCAUCAUCAUCAUCACAUUAUCAACCACAUCAGCAUCAUCGUCAUCAUCAACAUUAUUAUCAACCAAUUUAAAUCAAGAAACCCCAACAGAUUUAAAUCAUUCAAAUAACCAUUUUUCAAUUAGUAACAAUAAAUUCACUGAUGAUUUAGAAAAAUUAUCAUUUCAGUGUUCAAUCAAUAAUAAUAAUAAUAACAAAGAUGGGGACCAUUGUGUAAUAUCAUCAUCUUCAUCAUCAUCAUCAUCGUCGUCGUCAUUGUCGUUGUCGUUCUCGUCCUCGUCCUCGUCAUCAUCAUCAUCAUCAUCAUCAUCAUCAUCAUCAUCAAUCAUAACGACAUCAAAUAAGAAAUAUAAUACAAAAUUAAUAUAUUUUCAAACAGAACCUAAUUCUCUACAUGUUUUAGAUUUAACUAAAUUAAGUAAUGCUUUAGGAGAUUUAAGUAUAGAUUAUUCACUUAUCAAUACUACUACUAAUACUACUGAUAAUAAUAAUAAUAAUAAUAAUAAUAAUAAUAAUAAUAGUAAUAAUAAUCAUAAUCAUAAUCAUAAUAAACAACUUGCUUAUCCAAUAUUAAAAUAUCUUGAUGCAUAUAUAUCACAAUUAGAGAAAAUUGCUGCUAAUUCACGACGUAUUAUGUUAACAGAAUUUUUAGAAUGGAGUCGUGAAUUUGAUUUAACAUGGAAUCAUUUUCAAUAUGAUAUAUGGAAACAAGUUCAAAUGAAACAAAAUAUCGAUUUAUUAUAUAAUAAUAAUAAUAAUAAUAAUAAUAAUAAUAAUAAUAAUAAUAAUAAUAAUAAUAAUAAUGAAAAUAAUGAAUAUAAAAUAUCAAAAGGAUUAAAUGGAUUAUUUAAUAAACAAUUAAAAUGUAAUGAAAAUGAUUUAUUCACAAUAUUAUUGGAUGCUAAAAAUGAACAAUCAUUAAUUCUAUAGUAUUAUAUUGAUGUUGAUGAUGUCGAUGAUGUGGAUGAUGUCGAUGUCGAUAAUGAUGAUGAUGAUGAUGUCGAUGUGGAUGAUGAUGAUGAUGAUGUAGAUGAAAUUUCGUGAUAUUUAAUUCAUGUGAUUAAAAUGUCUUCCAAAAUUGAUUUAUUUUCAUUUAAACAAUAUAGAAUUCUUAUAUAUUAAUCCUACUCUAAUAUAAAACAAUCUUCUAUUGAAUAUAAUUCAUAAUUGUAAAGUUUGAAGAAUAUGAGAAAUACACAUUCACAUUCACACACACACAUACAUAUAUAUACCUACAGAGAGAAAGACAUGAGAAGCAGAUUAAAACUUGCGAAAGGAUCAUUUACAUAAUUGUACAGAUAAACAAUCUAAAUCAUAUAUAUCCUUGUAUAAUUUAUAACAGAACAACAACAAACUAUACAUGAUUCUAAUAAAGAUAUUCCUAUUUUUUUCCCUCUUCACAUUCACAUAUAUAUAUAUAUAUAUAUAU